GAGCUUAUUCAGAAUGCUGAGGAUGCUGGUGCCACGGAGGUCAAGUUUAUGUUUGAUGAGACAGAAUAUGGAUUGGAGUCACUGUGGUCACCUGAAAUGGCCCAGUAUCAAGGAACUGCGCUGUAUGUGUACAACAAUGCCGUUUUCACGACUGAGGACUGGAAUGGAAUUCAAGAGAUUGCGAGGAGCAGAAAAAGAGAGGACCCUUUGAAAGUUGGCCGGUUUGGAAUUGGGUUCAACUCUGUGUAUCACAUUACAGAUGUUCCCAGUAUAUUCAGUGGAGACCAGAUUGGCAUACUAGAUCCUCACCAGACUCUGUUCGGAGUCCAUGAAUCUGGGCAAUGUUGGAACCUGAAGACAGACGCUAAGGAGAUCAAAGAGCUGACUGACCAGUUUUCCCCCUACAUCGGCUUAUUUGAGAACUCAGAGAAAACCAUCAAAGACGGAAGUUUCAAUGGAACGCUGUUCCGCUUUCCCCUGCGAGUGAAGCCAUCCCUGCUAAGUGGUAACAUUUACAACAAAGAGAAAGUUCUGGAGCUCUUUGAGUCUUUCAAGGCCGAUGCUGACACAGUUCUCCUAUUCCUCAAGAGUGUCCAGAAGGUGUCCUUACAUGUGCGAGAGUCGGAUGGUACAGAGCGCAUGCUCUUUAAAGUGACAGCGGGUGAGAAUCCCGAGGACAAGCUAGAGAGGCCCAACUCCCUGAAGACCCUUGGUCUGGCCACAGACAGCUACAGCAAUAGUGUUCCGAGUAGCACCAUCACCUGUGCCACCUACCAGGUCAACAUCGAGACCCAGGAUGAGACAGCCAAGGAGACCCAGAGGACAACCUGGUUGGUGUGCAACGGAGUUGGGGGCCGGGGAAUGUGCAGUGACCUGGACUCGCUGGCGGACGACCUAAAGUUCAUCCCCACUAUUGGCAUCGCCCUGCCUCUCACCCUCAUUGACGCGGACAAAGGGGCCACUUCAGGUUUCUCAGGACGGGCUUUCUGCUUCCUCCCGCUGCCCCCCGGAGAGGAGAGCAUGACGGGGCUCCCCGUCCAUGUCAGUGGCUUCUUCGGCCUCACAGACAACCGCAGGAGCAUCAAAUGGCGGGAGGUGGACCAGUGGAGGGACCCUGCAGCCCUCUGGAAUGAGUUGCUGAUCAUCACUGUAAUUCCCCGGGCCUACUUCACCCUCAUCACUGAGGCCAUCAAGAGGAUCCAAACCAAGAAGGACCAAGACUUCCCCCUGUCCCCCAGGGGAACGUAUGGGGCCUGGCCGGAUCUGAACCAGACCAGGCCCCGCUGGAGGCCCAUCCUGGAGCCACUGUUCCGUGACUUGUUGGAGCAGCCAGUCAUCUACUCUCUCAGUAACAGCUGGAUCCGUGUGGAAGAGGCUGUGUUCUCAGAGCUCGACAUGGACGAGGACAUCAAAGAAACUGUGAUCAGCUACCUCCAAAGCUCAGGGAUGCAGGUGUCCAAGGUGCCCGCCGCAGUAGACUCAGUCUUGGCCGCCCAUCGAACCGGGCUGGACUGUGUGAAGAAGGUGAACCCCCCUCUGGUACGGCAGGUGAUAAGGAAGACCCGACACAAAGGGUCCUCGCAGGAGAAGCUCCUGUUGCUGGAGUUUGUUCUUAGCGAUGCCUGUUACAGUGACCUCAUUGGGCUGGAGCUCCUACCCCUGCAAGAUGAGACGUUUGCUGCUUUCUCAUCCUCUGUCAGUGAUAAGGAUGCCGUUUACAUCGCUUCUGAGGAGUACCCGAGGUCCCUGUACCCAGGUCUAGAAAGGCGCUUCAUCAUGGACAGCAUUAAACCCUCAGUGAUGGAUAGCUUAAAGGAUGCCUCCAAAAGCAGAGUGCAACAGUAUCUUUGGGGGUGUUCAGGAAGACCUUGCACUCAGGUACAAGUGCUCACACCUGACCGAUCAGCAAGACUCAUAAAGGACAUCCUUUCAACAGCCUGGCCUACCAGAGACUUCACUGUCCAAUGGUGUCCUGGGAAUCGAGAGAAGAAGCAUCCCACUCUCUCAUGGCUGAAGAGGGUCUGGAAGCAUCUCUAUAUUAACUUUCCUGAUGACCUAAGUACCUUUGAAGACAUGCCUUUGAUCCCAAAUGUGCCCCUGGAGGAAAGUGAUGACACUAUUGAGCUCAUGCGUCUGAAAAAUCCUUCACCCAUUAUCAUGGUGGAUGAGGAAGAGGCCCCGCUUUCCGAAAGCCUCCUUGAACUGAUGAAAAAGCUUGGGGCAGUAGUAGUCCAAAAAUUAGAUUCCUCUCUGCAGCAUCCUCUGCUGAAGAACUACAUCCACCCUGUUUCUCCCAGCAUGCUCCUACAAAUUAUGGACAGAACAUCAACACAAAGAGUCGCAAGCCAAGUUUCAUCCUUCUCUGUCAAACAAAAGGUAGCACUCCGAAACUUUCUUGCUGGGCUGGCUGAUGUCACAGAGAAAGAGAAGAGAAUCCUCCAGGAACUGACCAUCUUUGAGAAAGUAGGGCCCUGCUCAGACAAAAGCACCCCAACGUUUACCUCAUUGAAGGGGGCCAGAGCAUUACAUCAUACUGCCAAGUAUCCACCUGAGGUGAAACUGUCGAUAAAUGUUGUAGGCUGUUGUGAUGAGGCAUCCAUUCGUCUCAUCAAGCUGCUUAAUGUAGAACAGGUGAAAACUACAGAGUGCUUUAAGCUGGUUGUGCAAGACAUCGAGAAGGGGUUCUACACAAAAGAUGAGAUAACUAAAAUCAUGCUCUGGGCUCUUAAGCAUCUGUCCUUCCUAAAGAAUGAAAACUCAGCUGUGAUUGGAUGGCUUUCCAGUCUGAAGUUUAUUCAUAUCACUUCAGGAAAACCUGUUGCAGCCACAGACCUGUUUGAUCCUGAACUGGAGAUUCUGCAAGACCUGUUUUACAUGGAGGAAAAAACUAGAUUUCCCACUAAAACAUACACAUCUUCCCCUGAUAUUCUCCAUUCACUAAGACAACUUGGACUUAAAAACGAAGUGCAACUCACUGAAAAAGAUGUGCUCCAAGUGGCCAGGAAGAUAGAAGAAUUACAAGGUGGCAAGGAGCCAGUGUGGGACUCAUUGGUUAAGAAGGCUAAAACACUGCUGCAAAUACUGAAUAGACAAACCAAGUUGGUUAAAUCUUCAGAAGCUCAAGCUUCACUGCAGACACUGAAAUGGGUGCCAGUGUGCAAGGAUAGACCUCUUAAUUACCCAAAGUCGCUUGCUUGGAUGGGAGACUCCUUGAACAUCUCCUCUUUCUCGGAAAUGUGCGAUAUAUCUCAUGCAGUGAUUGUGGGAUCCCCAGUUGCACUUGUGGAGCGUACAUCUGCAGGUAUGAAGAAGGCCCUGAAGUUGUCCAUCGAGCCACAGGUUGACCAAGUGCUACAGCACCUAAAAGCAGUGAAUGACUGGCAUAGAUCUCAGGCAUUCACCACAGAAGACUGGUAUCAGUUCCAGCAGAUUUUAUUUGAGAUUUACAACUUCAUGCAAGCACAUCUUGAGGAUGCAAGAGAGGCUAUGAAGUCAUUACCCUUUGAUUGGGUUUGGACUGGCAAGACAUUUUCAUCACCUGGCCAAACAGUCUUGAAACCUAUUUCUGACCUGGAUUUGCAACCCUACCUGUAUUCUUUGCCAAAAACGAUUGCAAAGUUUAACAAACUAUUCAAAUUCUGUGGUUCAAUUGACGAGGUUGUCCCAAGCCAUGUUUUUGAGGUAAUAAACACAAUACGGCAAAGAUGUGAAGGAGACAUGACCAAGGAAGAAAGCAAACAUAAUUUGCACCUCCUGAUAAACAUUUUAAGAUGGCUGUAUAGCAGUCAAAUUUCUGUGGAGAUUGACAUGCAUGUGCCCAUCCUCUCCUACAAGGACCCAAGCAAACUCGCCAUGAAACCUAUUCAUGAGUGCACCUACUGCGACAUCAAGGUGGAUGAUUUGAACGACCUACUUGACGAUGCGUCGGAACCCAUCAUCUUAGUUCAUGAUGACAUCCCUAUGAAAACUGCAGAGUGGCUGAAAGUACCUUGUCUGAGUACGAGACUGAUCAAUCCAGAAAAUCUUGGCUUUGAGCAGUCAGGUCAACGAGAACCUCUAACAGUGAGAAUAAAGAACAUUUUGGAAGAAUAUCCAUCAGUCUCCGAUAUCUUUAAAGAGCUUCUUCAGAAUGCAGACGAUGCUAAUGCUACAGAGUGUAGCUUCCUAAUUGACAUGCGAAAGAAUGCUGAUAUUCGAGAAAACUUGCUUGAUCCUGGCAUGAUUAUAUGCCAUGGCCCUGCCUUGUGGUCAUUCAACAACUCUGUAUUCUCAGACACUGACUUCCUGAACAUCACAAGGUUAGGUGGAUCAAUGAAGAGAUGUGAAGCAGACAAAGUUGGAAAAUUUGGCCUGGGUUUCAACUCAGUGUAUCACAUCACUGACAUCCCCAUCAUAAUGAGCAGAGAGUUCAUGAUCAUGUUUGAUCCAAAUAUCAACCAUAUCAGUAAGCAUAUAAGAGACAGGUCCAACCCAGGAAUUAAAAUCAACUGGAGCAAACAACAAAAACGACUGAGAAAAUUCCCCAAUCAGUUCAAACCUUUUAUCAACGUGUUCAACUGCCAACUCCCUCUGGCUCAAGAGUGCCCCUACAAGUAUGAAGGAACACUUUUCAGACUGCCGUUCAGGACAGAACAGGAGGCAUCAGCGAGUGAGAUAAGCAGCAUCUAUUACAACACCACAGACAUCUACUCCCUUGUCGAUGAGUUCAGCAUAUGUGGCCAUCGGCUCAUUCUUUUCACACAGCAUGUCGGCUCCAUGGUACUGAAGUAUCUGAAAUAUGAAGAGCCAAACCCUGCUGCAGCACAAGAUGUCGUUGCCAUAAACAAAAGUGUCUGGUCAUCCAAAGCAGCGUAUGGCCCACUAAGCAUCCUGAAGUCUGCUGCAAAAGUGAUGAAAAAGGUGGGAAGCACCAACAGGGUGCCAGCCGACGUUCCCAAGUCCGGCUGCAUCAUACGCAUAAUGGUGGAAGAGUUUCACAAUGUGUUCAAGCGCAUAGUUGAUCUCCAGUCCCCCCUCUUCCGAGGUUCUGAAGAGGAUCCAAACUCAUACUUUGAGAUGGCUGCCAAAGGUGUUCAAUCGAGACGACUCACAGAUGAAAUGCCCCAAAAGGCAAUUGAAACAACAAACUGGCUCAUAUGUUCAUGUAUGGAUGUAACCGAAGCUCUCAAAUUCUCCCUAGGGGAGACUGGAAAACGACUCGGACUAGUGCCUUGUGGGGCGGUGGCUGUUUUGCUCUCAGAAGAGGAAAACAGAAAAUGGACAGUCAAGACGAACAACAAUCCAAUAGGUGAGGUGUUUUGUUAUUUACCUCUCAGAAUCAAAACAGGCUUGCCAGUCCAUGUCAAUGGCUGUUUUGCUGUGACCUCUAAUCGCAAGGAGAUCUGGAAAACAGACACCAAAGGCCACUGGAACUCUGUGUUCAUGAGGCAUGUGAUUGUGAAGGCAUAUCUGGAAGCCCUCAGUAUGCUUCGCUCCAUGGCAGAAAGUGGAGAACUGCUUGAUUACAACUACUUUGCAGCAUGGCCUGAUCCAAGUGUUGUGCAUGACGACUUCACAUUGAUCAGCCAAGGUGUCUACCAAGAAAUAACUAAAGGAGGUGACAGUGAUCAAGCAAGAGUUUUCUCUGAUGGCAAUACCUGGGUGUCAAUCAAGCAAGUCCGGUUUCUAGAUGACACCUUGCUCUGUAGGCCAGACAUCGGCCCUGCUGCUUUCAAGAUAUUCUUGAAGUAUCUCAAAAAGAGCGGUUCACAAGACCUUUGUGCAGUUGAGCUUCCUGAUUGGGUAAAGGAGGGUUUUGAUGAUGCUGGGUGCAAGGGCAAGCUGAUGGAGAACACCCUCACAGAGAAACAGUUCUUCUCAGAUGUAUUUUUCCCCCAUAUCCAAGACAUUGAUAAAGAGCUCCGAGACCCCCUGAUGCAAUAUGUCUUGAAUGAAAAAUUGGAUGAAUUUGCAUCAAUUCUGAAAGAGACACCAUGCAUUCCAUGCUCAGGUCCAGAUCAGCAGUUGGUCUUACCAUCCAAGCUAAUCCAUCCAGAAGGGAGAGUUGCCAAACUUUACAAUGCUGAUGAUGGUCGCUUUCCUGAAGGAACCUCAAAAGACUACCUGAAUCCAGUGUGCUUAGUCAAGUUACUGCAGCUGGGCAUGGUGAAGGACGACCUCUUGUGGGAGGACCUGAUUGAACGUGCCGAAUCAGUGAUAGGUCUAAAUGAAACUGAUCACACUGCAGCGUGCUUUCGCAGUAGCAUACUGCUCAGUCUCAUUGAUGAAAAGCUCAAAGUGAAAGACUCUGGAGCCGAAGAGCUUCUGGAAAAGCUAAAGGGUAUUUGUUUCCUUCCAUUUUUGACAAAACCUGCAGGCUUUUCCUUACCUUGGCAUGGGAACAAUUACUCUCCUUCCAACAUGUUCUCCGCCAGAGAUCUAUUUACAACUGAUCAUCAGGACACAGUGUGCCUGAUGAAGCCACUCCUGAAUGAAAAUUCCCCAUCUUUCAAAGGUUGUGGCCCAAUUACACUAGCUGUGAAAGACAUUCUUGGAUUGAUACGAAAGCCCACCAUUGGACUAGUCAUUGGUCAACUCAGGGAACUUUCUAAAUCAUUUGAUGGAGUUACCUUGUAUCAGGAAAACAUAACAAAUGCUUGCUACAAGUACCUGCAUGAGGAGAUGCUACAAGAUAGUACAACAAAGGAAGAAAUCACGGAGGAGCUGAAAACCUUUAGCUCUAUUCUUGUGGAAAACACAUAUGUGAAUCCCUCAAAGGUUGCAUUCCACCUCAACUUUGACGCAGCACCUUAUCUGUACCAACUUCCCAACAAGUACAGAAACAGUUGUCGUGAGCUCUUUGAGAAUGUCGGUGUCCAGUCAAGCUUCACCGUCGAGAACUUCUCUGCAGUCCUCGAAGUAUUAAGACAGGAAUGUGGGCGACGGGCACUCUCUGAGGAGAACUUUCAGCUGUCUCGCAGAAUCAUAAGUGAAGGCAUCUGGAGCUUAAUCAGAGACAAAAACCAAGAAUUUUGCCAAGCCAAUUAUGGAGAGAUUCUCCUACCUGAUACCCAUUUUACAUUGCAGCCAUCCAAAUCCCUGUGCUACAAUGACUGUCCAUGGAUUAAAGUCAGAGACUCAACUGUGAAAUAUUGCCAUUCAGAUAUUCCAAGAGAAGUUGCUGUAAAAUUGGGAGCAGUGCCCAAACGUCACAAAGCUUUGGAAAGGUAUGCCUCAAACAUCUGCUUUACUACACUUGGAAGUGAGUUUGGACAGAAAGAAAAACUUACAAGUAGAAUCAAAAGCAUUCUCAAUGCUUACCCGUCAGAAAAGGAAAUGCUGAAGGAGCUCCUUCAAAAUGCAGAUGAUGCCAAAGCCACUGAAAUCUACUUUGUGUUUGAUCCAAGAACACACCCCACAGACAGAAUAUUUGAUGACAAAUGGUUCCCAAUGCAAGGUCCAUCACUUUGUGUCUAUAACAAUCAGCCUUUUACUGAAGACGAUGUCAAAGGAAUCCAAAACUUAGGAAGAGGAACAAAAGAAGCCAACCCAGGCAAAACUGGACAAUAUGGCAUAGGAUUCAACUCAGUCUAUCAUAUCACUGACUGUCCAUCCUUUAUUUCAAACAAUGACAUUCUUUGCAUCUUUGAUCCACAUGCACUAUAUGCACCCGGGGCAACAUCUGUCAGUCCUGGAAGAAUGUUUAGAGAUUUGGACUCAGACUUUAGAUCUCAGUUUUCCGAUGUUCUAGGUCUGUACUUGGGUGCUCAUUUCAAGCUUGAACACUCCACAAUGUUCAGAUUCCCCAUACGAUCUACGGAAAUGGCAAAAAUAUCAGAGAUUAGCUCUGUUCCUGCAUCAGACCGAAUGGUGCAAAACCUUUUGGACAAACUUAAAACUGAUGGGGUGGAGCUCCUUAUGUUCCUCAACCACAUGGAAAAAAUAUCAAUUUGUGAAAUUGAGAAUGCUACUGGUGACCUCAAAGUGCUCUACUCUGUGACCGCCAAAAUCACAGACGGUGACCGUCUAAAGCGCAAGCAGUUCCAUGCCUCAGUUGUGGAUAGUGUGACAAAAAAGAAGCAGCUCAUGCAAAUCCCAGUCCAACAAAUAACUUACACAAUGGAUAUUGAAGACUCUGAUGGCAAUUUAACAACCUGGAUGGUUUGCAACCGAUCUGGCUUCUCCAGCGUUGAGAGUGUCUCUAAAAGUGUGAUCUCAGCCCACAAGAAUGAAGACAUUACUCUGUUUCCUCGUGGGGGAGUGGCUGCAUGCAUUAGUCAUAAUUACAAAAAACCUCACAGAGCAUUCUGCUUCCUACCUCUCUCAUUGGAAACUGGUUUGCCCUUUCAUGUCAAUGGGCAUUUUGCCUUGGAUUCUGCCAGGAGAAACCUCUGGAGAGAUGACAAUGGAGUUGGCGUGAGAAGUGACUGGAACAACAAUUUGAUGACAUCUCUGAUAGCCCCAGCCUAUGUUGAGCUGUUGAUCCAGCUUAAGAGACGAUACUUCCAGGGACCCGAUCCUACCAUGACAGUUUUACAAGGAACACCAAUUCACAUUGUCAAAGAUUCUCUGAGAAAAUUUAUUUACUUCUUCCCAGUCAACAGACUUGACAUACAGCCAGAUUGGUACUGCCUUGUUAAAGCAGUGUACAACUGCAUUCAUGCAGACCUGAAACGUCUACUUCCUGUUGUAAGGGCACCGCACACUGACAACACAGACAUGCACUCUGCCAUCUAUAUCUCAUGGGUGAACACAUCCUCUGCAAACAAAGGUCAAGCCUUUUUUGACAACCUGCUGCAAGACGAACUUCAACAUCUGAAAAACACAGAGUACAACAUUACAACCCGGAAGUCAGUGGCUGAGAAUGUAUACAGACUCAAGACUCUGCUCUUGGAUGUGGGCUUCAACUUGGUCUACAGCUGUGAUGAAACAGCCAGUCUUUUCUUCUGUCUGGAGGAUGCAGGCAUUCCAGUGAGCUACGUGACCUCAGAAGAUGUCCGCAACUUUCUCCACACUUUCUCAUCCCCAGACACUUGUUGCCAGGUUGGAAAACUACCAUGUCGACUCCAGCAGUCAAAUUACAAACUCUUCCACAGUCUGAAGCUGAUCGUUGACUACUGCUUUAAAGAUAUAGAAGAGAAUGAAGUCAGCAUUGAGGGCCUUCCACUGCUGAUGACUAUGGACAACAUACUCCAGGUGUUUGACUCAAAAAGACCAAAGUUUCUGACCACACACCAUGACUUGAUAACCCAAAGGAAAGAGCUGUUCAUGAACACACUGUACUUAAAGUACAGCAAUAUCUUGAUUAAAUCCGGUGUUGCAAAGGUCUUUGACAUCAGCAGUUUUGGUGAACUACUGAGUUCUGUACUACCUCGUGAGUAUCGGACAAGGAUCACUGUGAAGUGGAGAGACAGCUUUGCCAGUGAAUCCUGGCUCAAAAGUGUAUGGCACUUCAUUGGCGAGAACAUUGCUAUUAAGGAAGAACAGGCAGACAUCAAACCGAGCUUUGAUACAGUUCUUGACAUCCUGAAAGACUGGGCUUUGCUGCCUGGAAUCAAAUUCAUGGUUUCAAGCAACAAAUUAGUUGUCCCUGAACACGAUGUGUUGUUGCCUAUGAGUUUGAUAAACACAGCUAUCUUUCCAAAUGGCCAAAAUGACAAAGUCUUCCACACUCUAAUGAAAAGUGGGUGCAUUCAGCUUGCAGUGAACAAAAUAUGUGUCAAAGAGAGCCCUCUCUUACCUUUCCUGGCACACCAUACAGCAAACAUUGACAAUCCAUCCAGUAUUCUAAAAGCACUAGAGUACAUGAUUCAGACAUCAGCUUUUAAAGCAGGAAACUUGUCUGACAAAGAUUUUGAGGCUGUUCUGUUGUAUUUUAAUUCCAACUUGACCAACCUAUCUCCUGAAGACACACACAGUUUGAAAUUGCUCCCAUGCUUCAAAGCAGCCAGUGGCAGAUACAUCAGCAUUGCUAACUUUGGUUCAUGCUAUGUUCUAGUUAAAAGCAUCCCUUCUGUAGAUAUGGAAAAAUGGGCCCACACAACCUCCUUUGGCUUUUUGGCAGACAAUCCACAGCUAAAGGAAUUGUACAACUUUCUUGGAUGUAGUCCAAUUGAUGAUCUGGAAGUCUACCUGAAGCACCUCCUACCAAAAUUUGACAGUCUGUCAUACGAUAGCAAAAUCGAACAUCUUGUCUAUUUGAAGGAAAGACUUCUGGGAAUGGAAGAGUCAUGUGUGAUGAAGGAGCAGCUGUAUGAGAAACUAGAAAGUCUGUCAUUCAUCUAUGACUACACAAACAGACUCAAGCCUGCCAAACAGUUCUAUGAUGAAACAGUGAAGGUAUUUGAAGUAAUGCUGCCAUCCAAGUCCUUCAUUUCAAAUGACUUCUUUAAGAAAGUUGAGCAUGCAUCAAAUCCAAAAAAUGGAACGGCGUUCAUGACAUCAUGGAUCACAUUUCUAAGGAACGUAGGUUUGAAGUACACUGUCUCGCAGCAGCAAAUUCUUCAGUUUGCAAAAGAAGUCAGUAUCAAAUCUCAAACCGAGAAUUGGUCAAAUGAUAAAGCCCAAAACAUUGUGGAUGUUCUUCUAAACCAUAUCUUCAAUGACAGGACAGAUCUAUUUGUAGGCACUUUUCUUAAAGAGCUAUCAAUGAUAUCAUUUCUGUGUCCUGAACGUGCACCCACAGACCUGAUUCGGCUACACUCCCAAUACCAAGAAAUGAGUGGGAUGCUUCCUAUGAUUCGAUUCAAUGGAUCUCAAGUGAAUCCAAAAUUCAAGCAAACGGAUAUAAUUCAGCUUCUUUGGACAUCAUGCCCUAUUCUUUCAGAGAAAGCCACGCCUUCAGGCCUCAAAGAUCAGGAAGGCAGCACACUCACAGGCCAAGAACAACUUGACCAGGUGCUGACUAUGUUAGGCGUCAACUUAGAACCCCCACUGGAGAAAGUCAUCUGCAACUGCAAAAACAUCUGCAAUAUAUCCAACCUGGAUGACGACAUGGUGAAAAGUAGGAACAAAAUCCUGAGGUCCAGCUACGAGUUUCUCAAUGCAGACAAGCGAGAGUUUCGCUACCUUCUACGAGGAGUGGCAUUUGUCAUGGUUGAGGAGGGCUGGAAACUUCUAAAACCAGAGGAAGUUGUAAUUAACUUGGACAAUGAAUCUGACUUCAAACCCUACCUUUACAAACUACCCCUGGAGCUGGGAACCUUUCACCAGUUGUUUAAGCUCUUGGGCACAGAGGAUGUUGUUUCAACAAAGCAAUAUGUUGAAGUGCUGUGCCGCAUUUACAGAAAUUCAGAGGGAAAGCAGCUUGACCCCAAUGAAAUGAGAACAGUGAAAAGGGCUGUGUCUGGACUUUUCAAAAGUCUCCAGAAUGACCCAGUUGAAAUACGGAAAGACCUCGAAGGCCUCAGAGACUUGACAUUCUAUCUACCCAGUCAUGAUGGUAGGUUAGCCAAAUCAAAUAGUCUUGUGUUUGAUGAUGCUCCACACUUCAAAAGCAGAAUUCAGGGCAACGUUGGUGUCCAGAUGCUAGUUGACAUGAGUCAGUGUUAUCUUGGCAAAGACCAUUCGUUCCAUACAAAGCUGAUCAUGCUGCUCCCACAGAAGCUAAGGCCAAGACUACUGAGUGGCAUCCUUGAGGAGCAGCUGGACGAAGACUGUCCCAAAAUGUGCCAGUUUGGAGCUCUCUGCUCACUUCAGGGUCGCCUCCAGCUACUAUUGUCAUCAGAACAGUUCAUUACAGGACUGAUCAGAAUAAUGAAGCAUGAAAAUGACAAUGCGUACCUUGUGAAUGAAGAAAAAGCCAUAAGAUUAUGCAAAGCACUUUGUGAGGGGUUGAAGGUGUCCUGUUUCGAAAAACUUCAAACAACACUAAGAGUCAAAGGUUGCAGCCCCAUCCCACAUAGUCGGAGUGAGACAUUGGCAUUUCUGAAAAGAUACGGGACAGCUGUUAUUCAUCUUUACAUCCAGCACUCUGACAGCAAGGACAUUAAUUUCCUUUUGGCACUGGCAAUGACCUUAAAGUCUGCAACCGACAAUUUGAUAUCUGACACAUCCUAUCUGAUUGCCAUGCUGGGCUGUAAUGAUAUCUACAGGAUCACAGAGAAGCUUGACAACCUGGGUGUCAAGUAUGACUCUACAGAGCCCUCAAAACUUGAACUUCCCCUUCCUGGAACUCCUAUACCAGCGGAGAUACAUCAUAUUCUGCUGAUGGACCCCAUGAAUGUGUUUUACCCUGGAGAAUAUGUGGGUUAUCUUGUGGACUCUGAAGGAGGGGACAUAUAUGGUUCCUACCAGCCAACCUACACAUAUGCCAUAAUUGUUCAAGAAGUGGAGAAAGAAGAAGAAGACAACCCAAACGUCCUUGGGAAAUGUUUCCAGAUUGACAUUGGUUACAGUGAAUACAAAAUAGUUAGUUCUUUGGAUUUGUACAAAUUCUCCAGACAAGAUGACAGUACCCAAAACAUUCGGGAUAGCAGCUCCCCAUCGACUCCAACAAGUCCAGCGCAAAGCCGUUCAUCUGGCCCACGAAUGGUACCACCUCAUUUGGCCGGGAAAGAAAAUCACAGAGCCCCUCCAGCAAAACAAACUCCCAAAAAGAUAAGACUAAGUGCAUUGCCAGAAAUUCUGAAAGAAGUGACCUUAGUAAUUGAGCAAGCCUGGAAACUUCAUGAAACUGAAAGGAAAAAGAUUAUUCGCAGGCUAUAUCUCAAGUGGCAUCCUGACAAGAAUGCAGACAAUCUAGACAUUGCUACAGAGGUCUUCAAGCACUUACAGAAUGAGAUCAACAGGAUGGAGAAGCAAUCUAUGACUGAGCAGGGUACAGAAAGAGCAUCCAGGAGGCCUUUCUCAACAUCCUCCACUCGUUUCCAAUCAGAAAAGUUUUCUUUUCAAAGGUUUUACACAUCAUGGAACCAGGAGGCAACAAGCCAUAAAUCAGAGCGUCAACAGUUCCGGGAGCAUUACUCUAGCUAUGCAGGUUCAUCUCAUUCUAAUCGUUUCUUUGUCCCCCCCACCUUCAAGUCUGUUGGUAACCCUGUAGAAGCCCGCAGGUGGCUCAGACAAGCAAGAGCUAACUUUUCAGCUGCUCGGAAUGACCUUCACAAAAAUGCCAAUGAGUGGGUGUGCUUCAAAUGCUACCUGGCCACAAAACUAGCAUUGAUAGCGGCUGAUUACUCUGUCAGGGGAAAGUCAGACAAGGAUGUGAAACCCACUGCACUGGCACAGAAAGUGGAAGAGUACAACUCACAGCUCAAAGGACUUGCCAAUGAUGUCCAAAUCCUGGAGGGUUAUGGCGUGGACAGCCUCCGAACCCGCUAUCCUGACCUUUUGCCCUUUCCCCAAAUCCCCAAUGACAGAUUCACAUCUGAGGUCGCCAUGAGAGUGAUGGAGUGUACAGCACGAAUCAUCAUCAAACUUGAAACCUUUGUGCAGCAAAAAAUAUAAUACUGUCACACUGCUAACAGAUAUUAUACUUUAGAUUGAGAAAAUAUGCAUAGAUUCUACGAAAAAUUUAAUAAAUCUAGUUAACAAUGCGAUGUUGAUCUGUAUCUUACUGUUUUGAGGCAAAUACUAGAAUCCAGCAGCUGUCAGCUUAGAUGUACAAUACCCUUAUUGGUUUGCUGGCCCAUGCAAAAUGUAUACAUGUACAGUAUAAUUAUACCAUAUCUUAACAAUUAGUGUCUUUAAGUAAAUUAGGUUCUUUGCCCUUUUACAAUGAUAAUAGUGAUCUGAAUUGCUGUACAUAUAAAAUCCCAGCAAUACUCAGUUUUUAACCAAAGUCCCCUGUUUAUAUUUUUUCCGUAAACUGAGUGCAACUAUGCUGCUAUUUACUUGAUUUUCUAUAAGAUUAUAUUUUCCUGCCACAGACAAGCAGUUGACUGUAAUUUGUUGACGUAAUUCAAAAUGCUAAUUGAUCCUUUUCACAUUUCAAAUGUUGUCAUGUAGUGUAUUCUAUUUGCAAGAUUUGAAAACGAAUCAACUACAUUACAAACGUAUUUGUACAAUUGUCUUAUAUUUCAAUUUUUUUAUUUGCUGUUAUAUCCGUACCAGUUCUAAUGCAUAUGUAUCAUAGCCCAUUGCUUGUAAAUGCUUAAAGCACUUUCUUGAAACACCUCCUGUACUUGUGCUCACACUUGUGGUAAGCUUGUAUCACCUCAGCAGAUAGGGAGAAUUUGAAUGUCAUCAGAAAUUUCCAAAUGGUCCACUUGGCAGUAGCUUUCGUGUGUACUUAGAGAACAUAUCAUCCAUUGCUGAAUAUUUCUACUUGUCACCAUACAAUAAUAUGACAAAUAGUCAAAUUCAGAAGGGUGUCUAUUUUGGAGCGUAAGCUACUACAAAUCUGUGUACUCGUCUACAUUAUAGUUCUAUUAAUAAUAAGCCAACUUUAAAUAUUAACAAUACUAGAUUGGACAAUUUUGUAUUAGUGUACCAUUUGGGAUAAAUGUUUACUUUUGCCAAUUCACUGUCUGUUAGACUUGUUCAUAUUACUGGGGUAUUUCAGGCAGCAUCCUCAUGUGGUGCUAGUUUUUGUUGUUUGCUGUACUAUGUAUUUUCAUGAAUGAUUUUGGACUACAGAUACACUGGUACUGGCAGCAUAUUGUUAAUGUACAUUUGAUUCCUGUUUGUUUGUUAUUUUCUUACAUGUUUAAUGACAUAACACCUCAUAUAAUUGCGAGGUGUCCAGCCAAGGGCAUUUCCUUGAAAAUACGUUUGAAAGACCUUAGAAGAGGAAACCAUAUAUCUGUCUUGAUGUACGCUGCUGUGCCAUAGUCAAUAAAUCCCCUCAAAGUAAA